UGAAAGGAAACAAAGUAAAAUUAGUGUUUCUCUGUUUAGGUGUGAAGAAAAACAAUGACACUCCAAUGGGCGGCAGUUGCAACCUUUCUUUAUGCUGAAAUUGGACUCAUUUUAAUCUUCUGUUUACCUUUUAUUCCUCCUCAGAGAUGGCAGAAGAUUUUUUCAUUUAGUUUCUGGAGCAAAAUUGCAACUUUUUGGAACAAGGCUUUCCUUACCAUUAUAAUCCUAUUGAUUGUUCUAUUUCUAGAUGCUGUGAGAGAAGUAAGGAAGUAUUCCGCCGGUCAUAUCCUUGAAAAGAGCUCAAGCCCCAGACCUGAUGCCUAUGAACAUACACAGAUGAAACUUUUUAGGUCUCAAAGAAAUCUUUACAUUUCUGGAUUUUCAUUAUUUUUUUGGCUAGUAUUGAGACGUCUGGUUGUACUUAUUACUCAGCUGGCAAAAGAACUGUCAAACAAAGGCGUACUUAAAACUCAAGCAGAAAAUACUAACAAGGCUGCCAAAAAAUUUAUGGAAGAGAACGAAAAACUAAAAUGGAUCUUGAAAAGCUAUGCCAAAGAUGAGGAACUUAUUUGGGAAACAGAAAACAAAAAACUAGUAGAAGAACAGGAAAAACUGAAAACUGAAUUAAAGAAGACAUCAGAUGCCCUUUUGAAGGCACAGAAUGAUGUGUUAACAAUGAAGAUGCAAUCAGAGAGACUUUCCAAAGAAUAUGAUCGACUCCUGAGAGAACAUUCAGAGCUUCAGGGUCGUUCAGGAAAGGGCAAUAAGAAAGACCUGUGAACUUUAUGAAAGAAGAUUAUGAUACAUCGUGUCAAGAUGAUAAAUUUGUUAUCAUGUUAGCCUCUAGAAAAUUUAAAAUUCAGUUCAUAAAAAUGUACUGACAGUAAUUAUGGCACACAUAAGUUAUAUCAUAAUGGCAUUAUCAAAAUAUUUGAUGAUGUUUUAGUUAUAUUGUAAAAUCUAUACUCUAGCUCUUAAGAAAAGUAUAAAUAUGUUAAAUACCAUACUUACAUAUGGGCAGAAAAAAUUCAUUAGCUGGUUACUUCCAAAAUUAGAUUUUUUAAGUUGCAUGAGACUAUUAAUAGCCUUGAAUGCUUUGAUGAGUUUUCACUAAUAGAAUAAGCUAUUUAAUCAGAUGAUGAUGUGUUUAAAAAUAGUGUUCAGUAUCAGCAAAUUUGUACACAGAGUAAAUAAGGAUAACCAAUCAUAAUUUUUGCAGUUUUUGGCCGGGGCCAGGUUUGAACCCACCACCUCCCGUAUAUGGGGCCGGCACCCUACUCCUUUGAGCCACAGGUGCUGCCCAAUCAUAAUUAGCCACUGUAUUGAUAAGAAAGAGUCAGAAAUAACAGUGACCUUAGAUUUUCCUUAAGCCUGAUGAUACUAAUGGUUUACUCUAACAAGACAGCUAUAUUGAUAAUUAUAUUUUUGUUACUAUGCUUCUGCACCUGUUGGACUGGGUUUUGGUGAUAUUGAUGUUAAUAAUUAGUAAGCAUUCUACCUUUUCAAGUUUAUCUAGUAAUGGAGUUUACCUCUAUUUGCAUAACUGCCAUAGCACUGAACUGAGUUUAUUUUACAAUGAUGUGGAGUUCUUUACUUGAAAAGUUAAUGUGUAAUAUAUCCAAAAAACAGUGUUUCCUAUGAUUGUAAGAGUUACUGAUCAUACAAAUAUUACCUCAAAUAUACCUACACUUGUGUCACACAGUUUUCCUGAGAUGUUUCUAUAUUCUGAAAGCUAAAUACAUGUAUUAAACACUAUUUUUCCAUUCAAAAAUUCAUUUAAAUUUUCCUUUAGAAGAUGAUCCUGAUUAUAAUAUUGAUAAGAUUUAUUUUGUUUCA